AAACUAUGACUAGAGUCAUCGACCGCACGCACAGACCCAGGUCCCACGUCUACACCGUCGAGAUUGACGGAGACUAUGUCACCGUCACUGUCACAUCCCACGCCUCUGUCGUGCGCCGUUGGCUCAACACCAUUCUCUACUUCCGUCGCCGCGAAGUUUACCUGGAGCGCCUUGUUGUCGGUCUCGGAGUCCAGUGGACUCCCGGUGGCUCAGAUCCUCCGGCUGAUACGUUGCAGCUCUGCGUCGGUCACCGCUGCCUCAUCUUCCAACUCGCUCACGCUGACACCGUGCCGAAUAUACUCCGCGUGUUCCUGAACCAUAGCUCUCACAUCUUCGUUGGAUUCUGGAACCAUUCGGACCGCCGGAAGCUGGAGCAUUCGGAUCACGGUUUGGAUAUGUGUCGCGAUCCUCUGGAUCUGAGGCUUGUUGCGGUAACUAAGAACAAUGAGAAUCUCGAACGAGAUUCGGUGGAGGAGAUAGUGGAGAAAUGCCUUGGUUUCGAAGUGGAGCAGAGACAGGAGAUCAGCAUGAGCGAUUGGGAUCGUAAAUAUCUUAGCCACGAGCAAAUUGCUUAUGCGACCGUUGAUGCCUACUGUGCGUUCCUCGUCGGAAGGAACAGCCGUGUGUGGAACGUGUAAACCCGUUAGGUAACUCAUGCUUAUCUCUUACUAUAGCACAAAU